GACAUAUUUUAUUGAAUAAAUCAAGUGUUCCAGGUUUCAAAAUCAAUUAGUUUCUCGUUUUUAUUUAUUAUAAACAUAAACAAAAAUACAAAUCUUUUCUCUUUAUAAUAUUAGUAUGGAUACGAUAGUUUUUUUGACUACGGUACUGAUAAAGACUACGUUAUCUGAAUAAUAGUAAAUAUAAAUAAUGUAUUGUUUAUAAGAAAUUUAGUAGUGCGUGUGCAUCCAGAGAGGACGCUUUUCAAAAUGGGGCCAGUUGUAGAGAUAGAACAGGGUAAACUAGAGGGAAUAAAAUGUAGUGAUAAUACCUUUAUAUUCAGGAGUAUACCCUACGCUAAGCCACCGAUUGGUCCGCUGAGGUUUUCCGAUCCCUUACCACCAGAAUCCUGGGAAGGAACACGAGAUGCAACAAAACCAUGCAAUGUUUGUUUUCAGAAAGUCAUGCUUAGUCCUGACAACAGCUUAAUCGGAGACGAGGAUUGUUUAUAUCUGAACGUAUAUACACCCGAACUCCUCACAAAGUGCUCAUCUCUUCGUCCUGUCUUAUUCUAUAUCCAUGGAGGAGGGUUUGCAGGAGGCAAUGGAACUGAUUAUGAACAGGUUAAUGUACAUGGACAUUUUGUAGAAAGAGGCAUAGUCGUUGUGACUUUUAAUUAUAGAGUAGGAGUACUCGGGUUUUUGAGCUUGGAUAUAAAAGGAGCUCCGGGAAAUAUGGGGUUAAAAGAUCAAACUCUUGCACUUCAAUGGGUUAAUAAGAAUAUCAGUAAGUUUGGUGGAAAUCCCAACGAUGUGACUCUUUAUGGAGUAAGCGCAGGGGCAGCGUCUGUUGAAUAUCAGAUGGUGUCACCUAUGUCCAGGGGGCUUUUUCAGAAAGCAAUUGCUCAGUCCGGUUCAUCGAUGUCUCCCUGGUCUCACGCAAGUGUCGUUAAAGAAAUGAGUCGCAAAAUAACAUUUAUUAAAGGCAAAAAUUUCACAAAUGACCUUGAUAUUCUACAUUACCUGAAAGAAAUGUCAAUUGAAGAUUUGUACAAGACUGCAGAUGAAGUUGUGAAGGGCGAAAAGACACCUGGUGGCGUUUUCUUUGGGUUCUGCCCAUGCAUAGAGAAACCAAAUGGCUGGCAAGCAUUUUUGGAGGAAUCUGAGUACGAAAUGCUUAAACGAGGUGAUUUUGCAAAAGUGCCUUACAUGACCACCUUUAAUUCUCGCGAAGGUCUCGUCACCGUUAAUUUCGGUUCAAAUUUACAGAAAUUAGUCACAGAAAAAAAUUUCGGUGAAUUUUUGAAAGUAUACUUUCCAAUGGACGAUGCGACAGCUGCCGAAUACGACGCUAAAUUUAAAAAACUUUAUUUAUCACUGAACAUUUUUCCUGAACCGGAUGCUUUUGCUAUAGAUUUUUUUUCGGAUUUAGACUUUCUUGCUGGAAUUUAUCUUGCAGCUAAACUGAUGUCUAAAUACAACCCAUCAGUAUAUUUACUUGAAUUUGCUUAUGAUGGUAAUUUGGGCUAUGUGAAGAAAAUGUUUAAGCUACAAAACUACAAAGGAUCCUGUCACGGUGAUGACUGGGGACAUAUAGUGAAGAGCUUCAAUAUAUUUGAGAAAACCGAACCAUCCGAAGCUGAUAAAGUAAUUAGUGAGCGGCUAUUGACAAUUUAUACAAACUUUAUUAAACAUGGGAAACCUACUAUUGAAAUAAACGACGUGAUCACUACACACUGGGAGCCCGUUGAGUAUUCCAACGUGAAGUACCUCGUGAUGACUGAGGCUCUGAAGAUGGAGCGCGACCCUCUGCUUGAACGAAUGGCUCUCUUCGAAAAACUAUACGAAAAAUAUUUCGCGAAAUAAUGAAAGCCGACGUUAAAUUAUGUUGUUAAAUAUUUGGAAAUUCUGAUAAAAAUUAAAUGUGUAACGUUUGUUUA